UGAAAACUAUUAAGCACCGUUGGAACUUCCUCCCUGCUAUCCUUCUCUCUCUCUCUCUCUCUCUCUCUCUCUCUCUGUGUGAGUGUAUAACUCGCCUCACCCUCUCUCUCAUUCUUCUGCGGGUUCCUAUGAAAGUCUCCUCGUUGUUUGGCUUGCCUUGGCACAGUGCUGUUUUUCUACUUGUUGGUUCAAGUGACACGAUCAGCUUGAAAUUGCACAUUUUCCAGCAUGAGCCGUCCCUUUAACAGGAAAAAGGAUAAAUCAUGGAUGCAUACACCCGAGGCCCUGGCCAAGCAUUUUAUAGCCUACAACGCCAAGUUUCUGGGGAAUACGGAGGUCGAUCAGCCCAAAGGAACAGAGGUGGUGAGAGAUGCAGUUCGGAAACUCAAGUUUCAGAGACACAUCAAGAAGUCAGAGGGACAGAAGAUCCCCAAAGUGGAGUUACAAAUCUCAAUCUAUGGAGUGAAGAUACUAGAUCCUAAAACAAAGGAAGUGCAGCACAAUUGCCAACUGCACCGGAUAUCCUUCUGCGCAGACGACAAAACAGACAAAAGGAUAUUCACAUUUAUCUGCAAAGACUCCGAAUCGAACAAACAUCUGUGCUACGUGUUCGACAGUGAAAAAUGUGCAGAAGAGAUCACUUUGACGAUUGGCCAGGCGUUUGAUCUGGCAUAUAAAAAGUUCUUGGAGUCGGGAGGGAAAGAUGUCGAGACGAGGAAACAAAUAGCAAGCCUUCAGAAAAGAAUUCAGGAGCUUGAGACUGAAAACUCGGAAUUGAAAAAACAGCUGCAGACGCUGGAGGAGCAACUGCUCAUCGCUCAGGUUCCUCCUGGGGGUAACAACUCCAAAGUUCCCACGGAUAUUUUUGACAUGGUUCCCUUCUCUCCAGUGGCACCUCUGGUUCCACUUCCAGCCAGUAAUUCUUCACCUCCUCCACCUCCAGCAAGACCAACAGAGAUCAGAAGGGAUCUGUUUGGUGCUGAGCCCUUCGACCCUUUCAUCUGCGGCGGCGCUGACUUUCCCCCAGACGUUCAGUCGCGGCUGGAUGAGAUGCAGGAGGGGUUCAAAAUGGGACUAACAGUAGAGGGCACUGUUUUUUCCCUCGAUCCGCUCGACGGUCGCUGCUGAUGCCAAGAAGACAUUUCUUUGUUACGUAACUGUUCACCCGUUUGUAUUAAAGUGCCAAAAUUUUGGGUCUACAGUCGAAACGUUGUCAGUGUUUUCACCAUGAGAUUUGUAUGUAUUUGCAUUUGGUAUUUGGUUUACAAAAAGAAAGUCUAUUAAAAAGCAGAAUGCCAGAUCACUAUUUUUAUAUGAAUUGUAACAAGGUUAUGGAGUUUGGUCGUGAAAGUGUGUGUGCGCGUGUGUGUGCGUGUGCACAUAUGUGUGUGUGUGCAGAAACUGAUAGAUGUAGAUAAUAAAACCGAUGGUCCAACCUUAGAUAAAGGGUUCAUAAGACACACCAUAUUCCAUCACUGUGUUCAUCCAGAUGUUGAUCUCAUUUCAUCCAGAUGUUGUUCUGUAUAAAAGAUCCACUUCAUGACAGCAUGCAGUAUCAUUUUUAAUUAUAAUUAAUACACUUACAAAUACUGAAAUAUCAAACGUACCCUUUGUUAACAACUUACAGUUUGUUUUAUUAUUAUUUUUUUAUUUGUUACUCUCAUCAUCAUUGUAAUAUUUUCUUAACUGGACAUGAAUAUUUUUGAUGGAUUUUCUAACUCUGUAGCCGGACUGUGUGUGUUCUAUAAUGUGUACUUGUAUUACAUUUUCCUUUGGUAUUAUGAUGUAUUUUAGUAUAUUCUUGCACCAGGAAGCACUUUGAGAGAGAAAAAGAAAAAUAUUCUGUCCAUAUAUUGACUUUUCUUUCUUGUUUGGUUUUGAUUCUUGAUUAUUUUUUACUUUGUAUGCAAUAUUUUAGCCUUUGCCGUUGUAGUCAUUAAUUAAAGACAGUAAUGUGUGA